CAUCUCUCUUUAAUCCCAUUGUAUACUAUUGUCAUCCAUCUCACCCUCUCCUUCCUGUUUGCUGCCCUCUUCCAUAUGUGAAAACAAGGGAGGUCACAAAGAGGCACAGCCAUGGGUUCAGGAGCCGGUGAUCAUGAUGAUCAAUCAAAAGAUUCAAAACCACCACCACCACAGCCACCAUUGACAGGCAACAACAAUUACCCCCCGAUGCCGCCACCAAUGUACCCACAUCCACAUCCCGGCCAUCCUCCUCCUCCUUAUCCAGGCUACCCUCAAAACUAUCCUGCCUAUAACCCCAACGGCUAUCCUUUCGCUGCACCGCCGCCGGCAGCCUAUUAUCAUGCCCAGCAGGAGCAAGAAGCCAAAGCCCGCCUCAGCGUUGCAAGAUUCAUCCUCACCAUGAUGAUUUUUUUAGUCAUUGGUACAUUUGCAUUGAGCCUCCUCACCUGGCUCGUAUUUGGCGCCCAUCUCCCAACUUUCCACGUUGAGUCGAUGAAAGUUCCUUCUUUCAACAUCUCCAAUGAUUUGCUCAAUGCCAAAUGGGACGCCAACAUCACCGUCAAGAACUAUAACAGCAAGAUGGAACUCACGUUUGAUUAUUUUGAAGGCAUAAUUGUGUACGAUGACAUGAUUCUUGGGCUGGCCAGGGUGCAACCUUUCAGAGUUGGGAUUAAGAAGGAAACUUCCUUCAAUAUUAAGUUAUCCACCCAGAAUGGAGACCAAGAAAGUUUGGCCGGAAACUACCAGGACUUGGUUGGAGACAGAAAGGAAGGGGUGUUAUAUUUUGAUUUGAGGAUGAUUGCCGAGACGUCGGUUAGGUCUGGUUUAAUGGUGAGAAGACGGGUGCUUCUGAAAGUGUUUUGUGAGGAUUUGGAGAUAAAAUUUGCCGGUCCAAAUGGCCCCGGAGCUUUGGUUCAAGAGGAUAGGACAAAACAGCAUGAGUGUGUUACUUAUCUCUAAUAGGAGAUUUAUUAAGAUAUAUUUUCUUCUGGGGUUUAGGAAUUUUGUGACCAUAAUCAUUUAUGCUAGAAAAUUCAAUAUAUAUAUAUAUAUAUAUAUAUUUCAUACGAGGACGGCAUUGCGUUCUCGUCU